UGAGAGAGCAACUGAUUAAAAUUGAGGAAUUACUGCAUAUGCAUAGACUAUGUCUGUUGAAUGCAGAGCAUACAAGUACCCGUGAAAGUCCUGCAAAACUUUUCAAAUCUCGAAUUCUCAAAAAGCAUCUGAUGUCCACGACUUCUAAUGUACAUUAUUACAAAGGUAAUAACUAUAGACCUUCUGUUGGAAUUAUACUACAAAAAAUGGGAAAUCGAGUGGUGAAGAUAUUAGACAUCAAAGAUCACUCAGUUCAUAACGGACACCUGGACAAAGUGACAAUAAAUGAAGUAGGUCGUUCCAAUUAUAAUAUUAUUGAUUCCGCUAAUAAUCCUGAUUUUGUAGAUAAUUCAGAAAUAGGUCCAGAUAAUACUGAUGAAAAUAAUAUCACAGAAUCAGUUAGGUCGCAGCUACUUGCAAGCAAACCGAGACAUCGUUAUAAAUACGCGAGGAGAUAUUCGAGGUGUGGCGGAUGUGGUGAUUGACAAUUUCUAUCUCUGUAUUGUUUAAAAUACUUAC